AAUACAAUCACAAGCAAGGAAAAGAAAAUCUCUUCACAACAAUAUAGUUUUUGGAUCUACAUUCAGACAUACAUGCAAUGCAGUCACCGGCAUCAACCGCCAUGGACGAAGAAUCAGCUCUCUUCUUCCCGUCGGAUACAGAUCUCGAUUUCAGUUUCACCAGCUUUACCACUGCCACUUCCUCCUCAACCACAGCUCGCACCAGUUUGGCCCGGAGCAGCCUCACCCUCAGCUUCAACGACCGCCUCUCUACCACUCUGGAGAGCACCAAUACGACGCCGCUUUGCUCCCGUCCCCACCGCGCUUGGGACACACACUGGUCCGCCAUUAAGACUGCUCUCAACCUCUCGUCCGACGGCGCUCUCCACCUCCGCCACCUCAAGCUUCUUCGCCACCUUGGCACAGGGAAUCUCGGAAGAGUCUUCCUCUGCCGCCUCAGGGACUCUGAUCACGUUACUAACAGCUGCUUUGCACUCAAGGUUGUCGAUAAGGACUCUCUGAGUCCCAAGAAGCUCUCACACGUGCGAACGGAGGCCGACAUCCUCUCCUUGCUGGACCACCCUUUCCUCCCUACGCUCUACGCCCACAUUGAGGUCUCCCACUACACGUGUCUUCUAAUUGACUACUGCUCCGGCGGUGACCUCCACUCUCUCCUCAGGAAACAGCCCGGUAAUAGGCUAUCGGUAAAGGCGGUCAAGUUCUUCGCCGCCGAAGUCCUGGUGGCCCUAGAGUACUUGCACGCGCUGGGAAUCGUGUACCGGGAUCUGAAACCGGAGAACAUUCUGUUAAGGGACGACGGCCAUAUCAUGCUGUCCGACUUCGAUUUGUGCUUCAAGGCCGACGUGGUCCCCACUCUAAUUGAAACUCGCACGACCCGACGCGUGGUUUCCACGUCCAAGACUCAGUGCAGUUGUUUCGGUUGGAAAGAUCGUAGUAACAGUGAUAGUAGUAACAUUGACGAGAGAGAACCGGAGGGAGAUGAGACGGUGACCGAGUUCAUUGCGGAGCCAACGACGGCGUUUUCUAGGUCAUGCGUUGGGACCCACGAGUACCUUGCUCCAGAAUUGAUAUCGGGAAUGGGACAUGGAAACGGAGUGGACUGGUGGGCUUUCGGGGUGUUGUUAUAUGAGCUGAUGUACGGAACGACACCGUUUAAAGGAGGAAGUAAGGAGAGCACACUGCGCAAUAUAGCGUCGAGCAGGCAGGUGAAGUUUCCGGAUGUUGAGGAAGAAGGAACGAAGGAGGCGAGGGACUUGAUUCAAAAGCUGUUGGUGAAGGACCCGCGUAGGAGGCUAGGGUGCGCCAGGGGGGCCACAGACGUUAAACGGCACCCCUUUUUCGAUGGGGUGAAGUGGGCGUUGAUCAGAAACUAUAAACCUCCGGCGGAGGUGAGAGGGUUGGAGAAGAAGACGAAGACGAAGACGCACGUGACGAGAGGACUGUCAUACUCUCAUCCCCACAAGAGACGCCGGUUCUCUAGGUGGUGGAAGGGACUCGGUUACAACAAGAAGAAGAAAGCCGGUGGUUUGUUAUAGCUGUAAUUUUUUUUCCCUUUCUUUUUUAUUAAAAAAAAUCAGAGUUUUCAAGCCAAGCACAACAGAGGCACAGGUCACUACAGGUGUUUUUUUUUUUAUGGAUCAACGACACUGUAAAAAAAAGUUAGGCAGACAAAAAAAAUAUUAAAGAGAGGGGCUUUGAGAAGCGUUGCUUGUAAUUUUUUUUUGGAUACAUUAAUUAAUUAUUCGAGAGUUCUUACAUGUGGAUCGAUGUUAUACUUUUAAUAAAGAUUCAUAUAUAAUUAUUUAA